UCCAGGAGAUAUAAUGGAGAAGUGCACAGAAUCACCACCUACCUUGCAGGUAGAGCCUUCCUUUCUUCAGGGGGAGAAUCUGAUUCUGCAACCACAAAUGCAGCAUCUGACUGAGGAGAACCCUGCUCUGAGAGGCCAACUCAUGCCUCCUCUGACUACCCCAAUGAUGUCUGUACCAUACUCACUUGAGAAUCUCACCCAAUUUCAUGGUGAUCCUGCCAGUGUCUCAGGGUUUCUUGCUCAGGUAACUACAUACUUAACAGCUUUCAAGAUUCCCAAUUCUGUUAAUGGUACCCAGAACAAGCUCGUUUUUGACUACCUAUCCCAACAAAUGGAAAGUUGUGGGGUCACAUCCGGAUCUGAUCAGAGUACUAUAUUAAAGCAACAUGAGAGCUUUGUUCAUGACUUCCAGCAGUCAUUUGAUGAACCCAUGAAACAAGAAAUGAACCCUUUGAUGAAUACUAAGGUUGACAAAGGAGACACCCCUUCUCAAAAUGUGACUUGUACUGAAACAAAUCCGAGUGAUCAGUUCCAAGAGGGACUAGUUGAGCCCAUCCAGGAUAAAGAGAGUGUUGCAGAUAUGAUGGGCAACCUCCCUGACCUGAUCAUUCAGUGCAUUCAGUUGGAUAAGAAACAUAAUGACAGGCCAGAGCUCCUACAAUCAGAGACUCAGCUCCCAACGUUGGCUUCCCUCACCCACCAUCAAUCUCUCUCCAGUACCACAGGCCUACCAUCUAGGGAAGAGUCUUCACAACUUCGGGGAGGCCAGUUACCUCUUACCCCAGCCAAAAGAGCCCGCCAACAAGAAACUCAUUUGUGCCUCUACUGCAACCAGGCUGAUCACUUCACAAGAGAUUGCCUUGCCAAACGCUCUCGAUCCCCAGCAAGUACAAAUAAUCCAGAUCACCAGUAAGAAAAGCCCAGGAGGGUCAAAAUGACCAACUUAUAUCCUUCUCACCCACAGCCUUACUGAUUUAUAUCCUGCACUAACUCUAUACUACAGAUGGAGAACUGCAAUGCCACUUUACAGAUAGUCAUGAACCCUUUUGCUUCUGGAAAUGUAAUCAACCAGAUCGUGUUCAUUUGGAAGUAACUCCUUACCAAACCUUAUCUAACAAUGAGGAAAACAAUUCACAGGCACUUCUAUAGUUUGGAUCAAUUCCUCCAAGAGUACUGUAAGUCUGCAGGUAAAACACUGCCCAUCCUGAGCCAAAAAAAAAAAAAAAACCUGGAAGUGUUGGGAAUCUCAUCUCCACCAAUGGAUGAGAUCUAGGUUGAGUUUAUUGGCCUAGUCCAUUUCUUGUGUGCUUAUGACUGAGUCCAAGCCUUUUACCCUGGCCCUCAUUGAUCUAUAUCCUAGUUUCCUGUUGGUUUAGGUCCUCUGCCUAAAAUCUUAGUUGCAUUACCAUAACUUGCCAAUAUUCUCCUCCUAGAAAGCGGAUCCUGCUCCACAUAUAGAUUGGGGUAUAGCUUCAACACAAACCAAACUUCCUGGAACCACAGCUUUGUCACCUUAUGUAAUUAGUUUCCAUCCAAAGUCCCCUAUUUGCCCAAAAAACUGAACCUGUUGCCUACUGACAAAUCAUAUUUUAUGGCCAUUUGAAUAUUGCUUGGAAUUAUUGGUCUCUUCUAUGGGCUAACCCUUCUGGCAGGUACAUUGUAAUAGCCAUGCCCUAACAAUCCCAGGAUUCUCCCUCUUCCCUAAUGAUCAUAGAUUGAGGUUCCAGAAUAUCUUACCGAUAAGCAAAAAUGAUUUAGGAUAAUGACCUCUGAAAGAUAUUUAAUGAGACCUAAAAAGUUCUCCUACAUAGUUACUAUAACUGCAGUGUUAUUUCUGCUUUGGACAGAGAACCUGGCCAAAAUAAUCUCCCUAAGGACUAAGAGUCAGGCUCUGCAGUAAUUCCUGACUCUAAGGACCUCAAUUUGGUCAUUAUCUAGGAUCACUGUCCAGCACUAUAGGUCUCUACCCUUACAGACCGCUCGCUUCUGGGGUUACUUAUCUAAUUGAGGAUCAUGAAAAACAAUGAAUGGAAGACAAGUUUCUGAACCAUCCCAUCUGAAAAAUCCCAGUAUACAUACAUUAACACGAUCUGUACACAAAACUCAAGAAGUGAUAAGCUUGAUUGCUUGUGUUGUACUCUUGGCACAUACCAACUCUGUAUAUAGAUAGAUGAUGCUUCUGAGCUAAAGUAAUGCUGUGCUGGAAAGGCAUAACUCCAUAAAAUGUUAAGAGUAUUCAGUGAUGAUCAGUUUAUGCUUGUAAAUUCUAGGCCUUUGGUCACGGCUUCUUAGUGCCAUGUAUGUCAUCAUAAUGGGUCUCAUGAAAUCACUAAUUACAUGUUCUUAGAAACCAUCAAGAUCUUCUCAGAACAUGAAGUGCCAUUAUAUUUCGGCCUUGUCCUGGAGAGUUAGUCUAACUUUUCAGUGUUCAAACCCAACUAGGGUUACUAAUCUCAUCUGGUAGAACAACAAAGAGAUCUUUCCACCCAUUGGUGCGUCACCAACCACUGUGCUAACAAUUAUUUGCAUUUUCAAAGGGUUUCCUUUAUCCAUAGUUUUCUAUACAUGCACAUUACUCCAUUAACUCCCUCAAUAAGGAAAUCUGAAUGCACAUAUUUCAAUAACACCAAGCAAUUCCCACUGCAGUAAUGAGAUAGUAUGAGAUCCUCCAACAGGUAGGUCUAUUUGAACUUUGAGUGACUCUGAAAUACCUUGGAAGUAUCCUGACAUAUUACCACUAAUUUGAUAAUAAAGGACUAACCCAAUGGCCUCUAGUCAGUUACUUUACUGACCUCAAUAUAGUCCUGAAAUAUCAAUACGAUCAUUCAGUUGGUUUCAUCAUCAGUCUUUCCUUAUCUUAGGGCCACAAUUUUUUUUUAUUGUGGACUCUCUCAUAAAGAGAGAGUCCACAAUAAAAAAAUUUCCUAUUUUACUCUCCCUUUGUGACAACAUUAUCUUCUUUUCCAAGAAAUCUUCAGAAUUCAUAACCUCUUAGAAAAGAUGAUCAAUCCAAAGCUGUAACUGAAGGAUUAGAGCUUUUGGAGGUCCCUUGUUGAGGCAUUCCAAGUCAAGGACAUUUUGUACACUAUGUAGUUUUAUCCAGUAGCCAGGCUGAGCAUACUAAUGGGAAUCUGUGAUCAUGCUUUUCUGCCUACUAGCUACUAACAAUUCUACCACUUCAAAAUUUAUUAUAGUGACAACAUCUACUUUAUAUCAUCAAAUUCAACAAUAAUUAUUCAUUACUUAGCAUAAAGAUAGUCACAAAGGGGUGUCCUCAGAACUUAUAGCUAAAUGAAUUGCUCUGAGAAUGAAACUAAUUUGAAUCCACAGAGAACAGAUGCAGUCUGUAACUUCAAAGGCUUGGAGAACCCCUAUGUCCAAUAAAGGAUGUAGUUUUAGAGAGACAGAUCUGCUACAUGAUUGAUACCACCCAGAAAGAUAGGAUCUAAUUAUUUUGUAAGACUGAAUAAGAUAUUGUUAACAAAAGAAUGGUCUACUUGGAGUCUGAAAAAGAAGGCAAUGAGAAAAAAUAUAAUCACUCAUCUCCCUAGCCUCAAAGAUUAUUGACCAGCACACCAUUUGGAAGGUCCACCCUGACAGUAUUGUUAAGCCACCAGGCCAUUCCAAUUUGGCCUUAGCCAUUAAGAUGGUCACUUGAAUACAUUUGCUCUGAGUUGAUGGUCUUCAAGUAAUCAGAUUGUAAUUGCUUUUCUGUAUAAACUUUGUUAUGGAGAGAACAUUUCCUAACCAACUGACAUAAGUGUUCUAGCCUAUUUGGCAGUUAAUUCUCAUUGUAAGUGAAUAAAUUGGUGUUUGGCUUA